CUCCACUUCAGUCUGAGGCUGUUGAUCGCCGCCAGCGGACGUGGUCGCUCAAGCCAACUCUGCUCCCGAACCGCUCCCAAACCGAUUCCCAACCGCUUCCAAACCGAUCCGACGUGCGUUCUUUAUUUUUUUGCAGUUGUUAAAUGUUUUAAUUGACGCGCAACGGAUGUGAAGCGAUCCACGGAUGCCCAACAUGACGGAUAAGGAAAAUGAAAUACAGCCUGCGGCUGAGCCUGUGGCUGCACCAGCCUCUUCUGCUGCCGCAGAGAGUGCUCCUGCGAAUCCCUCGCCGCGAGCCCUGGUCGUAGAAGACUCCACCCCAAGUGCCGGGCUCGCGGAAGACUCUAGCCCAAGUGCUGGGCUCGCGGAAGACUCUACCCCAAGUGUGGCGACCGUGGAAGACUCUACCCCGAUUGCCGCCUUCGCAGAAAGUCAACCCGUCGUCGAGAGCAAUGGCCGGGCAUCGGUGGAGGCCAGGAAGCUGCCCGAAAUUCAAGCGGAAGCGCAGAGGAAUGGCAAGGAGCCCGAGAAGAACGGCAAGGAGCUGCAGGAGGCCGGUGACUUCAAGAACGUCUCCGAGGCUGAGGGUCAGCAGAAGAAACUGCCGUAUCCCAAGUCCGUGUUCUUCAUCAUCAGCAACGAGUUCUGCGAGCGUUUCAACUACUACGGCAUGCGAACUGUUUUGGUCCUCUAUCUGAGCCGCGCCCUGCACUAUUCCGAUGACACCGCCACCGUGGUCUUCCACGUCUUCACCAUGUUUGUGUACUUCCUGUGCGUCUUCGGCGCCAUCAUUUCGGACUCCUGGCUGGGCAAAUUCAAGACGAUCCUGUACCUAUCGCUGGUGUACAUCUGCGGAUCGGUGCUGCUGACCCUGGGCGCCAUUGGACCCCUCAACCUGCCCGUGGAGACGUUCACGAUGCUGGGCCUGGCGCUCAUUGCCCUCGGAUCGGGCGGCAUAAAGCCGUGUGUGUCGGCCUUUGGCGGCGAUCAGUUCAAGGUGCCGGAGCAGGUGAAGCAGAUCACCUCGUUCUUCUCGCUCUUCUACUUCUCGAUCAAUGCCGGCUCGCUGAUCUCCACCACCGUGACGCCCAUUCUGCGCGAGGAUGUGUCCUGCUUCAACGACAUCAACUGCUAUCCCCUGGCCUUCGGAGUGCCCGCCGUCCUCAUGAUCGUCUCGGUGAUCAUCUUCGUUCUGGGCAGAUCCCUGUACAAGAUGAAGCCGCCGGCAGGCAAUAUGGUGGUGCUGGUGAGCAGCACCAUCUGGACGGCCAUCACGACCAAGUGCAAGGAGAAGAAGACCAAUCCGCGAGAGCACUGGCUGGACUACGCCGACGUCAAGUACGACCGCCAGUUGAUCGACGACGUCAAGGUGCUGAUGCGAGUGCUCUUCCUCUACCUGCCGCUGCCCGUGUUCUGGGCACUGUUCGACCAGCAGGGCUCACGCUGGACCUUCCAGGCCACCCGGAUGGACGGCGAUAUGGGCACCUGGGACAUCAAGCCCGACCAGCUGCAGGUGCUCAACCCGCUGCUCAUCCUGCUCUUCAUCCCCCUGUACGACGUGGCCUUCUAUCCGGCCCUGCGGCUCGUGGGCAUCAGCCGACCCCUGCAGAAGCUCACCAUGGGCGGCAUCCUGGCCGGCAUUGCCUUCAUCAUAUCCGGCGUGGUGGAGCUCAAUCUGGAGAAAACCUAUCCCGACCUGCCCUACAGCCAGAACAUCCAGCUGCGCAUCUUCAACACGGACAACUGUGACUACACCUUCACGUCGAACCUGACGGGCGUGGAGAGCGUGACGGUGCCCCCGCUGAGUGCCUACACGAACAAGGACCUCCACGUCGGCCAUUCUGUGGACCUGGUCUACUACCUGAACAGCACGAAUCCGGACUGCACGAUUAAUGUGGCCGGGGAGAAGAUUACCCUGAGCGAGAAGAAGGCCUGGUCGCUGUUCCUCAGUCCGGAGAAUGCCACCACCACGCACUACUGGGAGGAGGACUUCGUGGACAAGCCCAGCGAGAGUCGUCCGCUCAUCCGCAAUGUGGCCAAUUUGCCGCCGACGGACAGGAUCACAUGGCGCACUACAGGCAAGGAUGAGGAGGUCUACAACGAACUGGCCGCCGAGACGAACCUGACGCGUGUGAAUUCGGGGGAAUACUACGUCAUGGUAGGCGAAAUGUGGGUGGGACGUUACCAUGUCCACACUGGCGGAGUGUACACCCUGCUGAUCAGCGAUAAGCAUGCGGGCAGUCUGGUGGAGAUCACGGAGCCCAAUUCGAUGAACAUCCUCUGGCUGGUGCCGCAGUACGUGAUCAUGACGCUGGGCGAGGUGAUGUUCUCGGUGACGGGCCUGGAGUUCUCCUACGCCCAGGCGCCGCCCAGCAUGAAGAGUGUCCUGCAGGCCUGCUGGCUGCUCACCGUGGCCUUUGGCAACGUCAUCGUGGUCAUCAUCGCCGAGGCCGCGCUCUUCGACUCGCAGGCCAGCGAGUUCUUCCUGUUCGCCGGCCUCAUGUUCGCCGACAUGCUGAUCUUCAUGCUGAUGGCCUACUACUAUGUGCCCAAUGACCCCAACAAGCUGGUGGAGGAGGCCCAGCCCCUGACGGUGGGCGAUGCCAAGGCCGAGAUCCCGCCCCUCGAGGGCGGCGUCGAGAACAAGGGCAAGGACAUCGACGAGUAGACACGGUGGCCGUGCCCCCGAUCCUGUCCAGCUCGCUCGCCUGCGUUGUGUAUUAUAUGUAUUUGUAUGUGUAUUUCUAUCUGUAUCUGUACUUGUAGAUGUGUACUAUAUGUGUGAGUCCCCCCAGGGGCCCCUGUCCAUUCCCGAGCUAGGUGUAAGUGAAGCCCCGACCGGGCGCUGUUGCAUAUGAGAAGACAUCCAUCUAGUUAAUCUAAUAAAAGAAAACCACUGAUAUAA